AUGCACCGAUCCUACGCCCAGGAUCGGUCCGUGAUCGGCGCAAGCAAGCAGCUAACGCCCUCCCAACGUGGGAGGCCCGGAGCUGCAAAGCUCGCUUGCACUGCUCAGCGCCGGGCUGCCAGGCCGAGCGCCGCGGCGAGGGCGAACAGCGGUGCCGUCCGGAGCGCCGCGCGGGGUGCCGCGGGGCUCGUCGUGUCGUCGGCCGCGGUUGUGUCCGUCAGGCGGCGCUCGUCGGCCAUGGUCGUGGUCUGGUCGUCGGCGACGCAGCCAUGGCCGGCAAGCAGGAAUGCGAACGCCACGAGGACAGCGCGGUUCAUCGCGGCGGGGGCG